AUGGAGCAAAAGGGAGAGGAAAAUAUUAUAAGCUUAUUAACUAAUUUUGCAGAUAAGUAUGUAAAGAAAAAAGAUAUAAUAAAUGAACAUAGCCGAACAAUUAAGGAUAUGUUCUCUUCAAUCAUAUUAGUAUUAAUAAGUAGUAUAGAUAAAUAUAGCUUAGCAAAUUAUAUUAACAAUUAUAUACAAAAUGAGGUAGAGAAUAUUAGAUUUGAAGAUAUAGAAAAUCUAUCAAAAAAAAAAAAAAACAAUAAUAAUGAUAUAAAUAAUGAAAUAUAUAAAAGAAUAAACAUAUUUAUUAUUUUUUUAGAAUGUAUAUUUACUAAAUUUGAUGAUGUAAGUUUUGUAAAUCUAGACAUAUCUUGGAUAUAUAAACUUAUUACAUAUAAAGAACAUUUUAAUUAUUCAUCUCUUUUGAAUAUUUUAAAAAGCUUAUUACUAUUUAUUGAAAAGGAAGAAAAUAAAUCUAAUGCAACGCUUGUUCAAAAUGUUAGCAAUUCACAAUCAGAACAAGAAAACAAUUUUUGUAUUAUAUAUAUUUUGUUAAAUCAUGUAAAAAAUGAAAUUGAAAAUCAUGUUAAAGAAGUAAAAGAUAAUUAUUUUUUUUACAAAAAUAAGAUAAGCCAAUUGCCAGGAAUACACAACAGAUCUAGUGAUUUAUAUAACCCAUUGUGUAAACAUAAUGAACAGGAAAAAUUAAUGGCAUGCCCAAAACACAUAAACAUACUAAGUAGUAUAUCACUACGUUUUAAAGAUACAUGUGAUUUAUUUAUUAAUAUAGUAGAGCAUAAAAGUGAAACAACACAAUGUAAUAUUGAAUGGGGAGAUAAAAUAAAAGAAACAGGAAAAGAAUUAAUGCUUUUAACUCCAUUUAUUAAUGAUAAAGAUAUAAGAGAUUAUUUAAUAAAUACAUUUUUUUUUACAAUUAAAAAAUAUAUAUUUAAUAAAAAAGAAUAUGAAAAAUUAUGUCUAAUUGUUACUAAAGUUAUGUAUCUGUUUAUAAAAAAUGAUACUACAUCAGAAAUUAAUUCAAACUAUUUUUCAACUGAAAAAAAAGAACCUUUUAUAAAAAAUUUUGAUACUAUAGAAAAUAAAAAUUAUGAAGAGGAAUAUAUUUUAUACAUAUAUAAAGAAAUUAAUUCAAACUUCUUUCCAUCUAAUAGUAAUGAUGCUAUAUCAAGUGGGCUAGCUAAGAACAACCAAAAAGAUGAGUCAAUAAAUAAAAAUUAUCUGAACAGUAUAUAUAAUUUUCUUGUUAUAAAUAUUGAUGAUUUAUAUAAUAUAGAAUUUGUAAAAAAUGCAUUUAUUGAUGAUGUACGAUAUUAUUUUUUAUUAUAUAAUGAAGCAUAUAAAGAUGAAUGGGUAUUAAAAAAAAUAAUAUACAUAUUUAAUAAAAUAAUAAAUAUAUAUGAAGAUCCAAAUAUGGAAAGUUUUAGAGAUUGUUCUAAUUUUAUAGAAGCAUGGGAAAUCUAUGAAUGCAUAUUAAAAUGUAUUGAAAAUUUUUCUAUACAUUUGCUAAAAACCAAUUGGCAAAAAGUUAUCGAUUUAAUAAAUAUGGGAAAUAAAAUAAGACAAAAAUAUCAACUACUUUAUGAUUCAUCAUUAAAUGAAAAAAAAAAUAUUAAAAAAGGAAAAAAUGUUCAUAAUAUAAAAAUGUCUGAUAAAAAUAUUAAUACAGAUCCUUCAUUAUGUAAUUUGGAAAAUAUUCAAAAAAAUAAUUUUAUAUUUUAUGAUAAGCAUGAUUAUAAUGUCUUUAACUUUUGUGUAAAAAAAAAAAAAGAAAAUAAACAAAACAUAUUUACAGCCUUUGGGAAUUAUUCAGAUUAUAUACUAUUAGUACUUAUUGAAUAUUUAAUUUGGAAGUUAUUGAUACAUGAUAAUAAUACAGUAACCCGUUUUUCUUUAUGUUCAUUAAUAGAGCAAAAGGAAAAUUACACAGAAAAGGGAAACACACAAAAUAAAAGUGAUAGUGAUGAGAGCACUGAUGAAAAAAGUGAAGAAGUUAAUGGAAUAGAAAUAAAUACACUAAUCAAUAGUAUAAAUGACAUAUUUUUUUUUAAUAUAUUUUUCCCAGAAUGUGUAAAACCUACUUUAUUUAUAAAAGCUGAUAUUCCUUUUUAUGAAUUUCGAAUUAAAAAUUUAAUUGUUUCUAAAAUUUUAAAUAAAAAAAAUUCUAUUGAAUAUGUUCAAAAUUUUAUUAUUUCUUUGAAUAAAAUUAAUUUAUUUUAUGCCAAUGCAAGGAUAAUACUUGAAGCGAUCAUUCAAGCUAUCAAAAUAGUUGAAAAUUCGGGAGAUGAAACAAAUAACCUUUUGAAAAGUUCUGAUAAAAAAAUAAACGACAUCAAUGAAUGUAUAGACAUGGAAAAUGAAAAUACAAACUCAAACAAUUUUAUCAAUAAAAUUAUUUUAAAUAUUAUUCAUAAAAUAAAAAAUGUGUCUAUAAGUCGACGAAAAGAUUUACAAAUACUUGUUUUAAAAAUUGUUAUAAAAAUGAAUGAUAUUUUAAAUCUAUUUAGUACUAUAAAAAGUUAUUCCUCAUUUUUGCAAAUUUUUGAAGAAGAUUUUUUUUUCCAUGCUUUGGAAUAUUUCGAAAUUUUGACAAAUAAAAAAAUUAAUUUUGUUAAUAAUUUAGACAGUAACUUUUCGAAUUCACCUGAACAAGUCAGCCUAUUAUAUGUUUGGCUAGAAAAUAAUGCAAAUAUUUUUUUGAACAAUUUUAUUGAAAAAUUUAAUAAAGUAAUUGAUUUAAAUCAAUACAUGUAUUUUUAUGGAUAUUUGAGGUUAUUUUAUUUAUUGCUACACAUAACAACAAAAAAAAGUAAAAAAAUGGACGACAGACAUAAAAACAUUAUUUUACGUAUUCAAAAAGACGACAACUUUUAUUUGGUUUAUCAUCUAGUUUUAUACUUUUUUAAAAACAAUUUAAGUCAUAUAUUUUUAAAAAAUGAUAUUAAGCAAAUUUUAGUUAAAAAUGUUGAAAAUUUAAGAAAUUUUAUUCAAGGUAAUGCAUAUGUGAAAAAAGAAGACUCUUUAUAUCCUUGUCAAAAUGAAAAAUUAAAUGAACAUAUCAUCAAUAAUUCUGACCGUUCAGAAAUAAUUGCAACACCUUAUGACCGUUCAGAAAUAGUUGCAACACCUUCUGAGCAUUGUUUUGACUAUAAAAUGGUGAGAAAAUUGUUUAUAUUUACAGAUAUUGUAGAAUAUUGUGGAGAUAUAACUACAUAUUUUUUGAGCAAUAAAAUAAAUUAUUAUAACACGUCUUAUUCAUAUAAAGAGAAAAAUAUAGAUACAUCCAGUCUCGAAAAGUCGCUUAUUAUACAUGAUAGUGCACCUGAUGAAUCGGAUACUGAUGUGUGUCGAGGCAGUAAAAAUUUGUAUAUAGAAUGUAUUAAUUUUUUGAAAAAUUAUACUCAAACAAAUAUUAAAAAUAAAGAAAAUGAAAAUUAUAACAAUUUAAGGGUGAUAUUGGCACUUUCCUAUAUUUCUAAUACCUGUACAGUCUUUGGAAAAAUAGAGGACGAAGAAAAUUUAAAUAAAAAAAUUUUGUUAAUGCAAAUGAAAAAUAUAUAUAAUGAUAGUUCAAAUAUGCCAAAAGACGCACACAUACCAGUAGGUAAUAAUGAUAUGAUUAAUAGUCUUUGUGGUGUUGGAAACUAUUUUUGUAAAAAUUUUAAUUUUUAUAGAUAUAAAUAUUUAUAUAAAUAUUUUUCUGCACACAACACCUUUAAAGAAUAUACCAUGGAUAAUAAAAUAACAUUUUCAGAUACCAUAGUAAAUGAUAUUGAAGUAAGUAAAGAAGAAUUAGUGUAUGUUUAUUUUAAUAUAAAACACUAUGUAAUACCUUAUCUUUUUGAUGAUUGGGAAAUAGAAGAUAAAAAAAAUGAUAUAGAUAAUUAUAUAAUACAAUAUAGAUUAAAUUUUUUAAACAAUUUAAUAAAGCAAAGUAAAAUGUUGAUUGAUAGAUCAUCUGAAUAUAAAUUUCCAAUACACUUACUUGAGUUGGCUUUUCUUACAUUAUUUCAUCCCUUAAUAGUAAAAUUUGAAAUAGAAUUUUAUAGUAAUGAAAAUUAUAAAACAUUUGAAAAUGUAGAAGAAGAUGGAUAUACAUCUUUUAAAUUAUUAGAUUUUGUAAAAAAUAUUUUGAAAAUUGGUCAAACAAAAUUGUCUAUAUGUCGAAGUGUUGUUAUUCCAUUUUUAACUUCCUAUUUUUUUAGUAUAAUGGAAAAUGGAAAUAUUAUAAUAAAUAUAAGUAAUGAUUAUUUAGACAAAUUUGUAGAAAUUAUUGUUGAUGUUCUUAUGCAUAAAGAAUGUGUAUUAUAUGAUUGUCAAAAAAGUUUUACUAAUAAUAUAUUUAAAAUAAAAAAAGGAAAUUUAAAUUUUAAUAAUUUUAUUAAUGAAAGUAUUUGCUCAUAUUUUUUAAACAGAAUAGAGAACAAUCACCAGAUCAUAUUUCCUUCAAAACUUUAUGAAGUAUAUCAUACAUCUAUUUUUUUAAGAGUUUUAACAUUAAUAUUUUUAAUAAAUCUAUUUAAAAUUUUAGAAGAUAAAUAUAUACGUGUAAUGAAAAUAGGGAUACAUAAUAAAAAUGAUCAAGUUGCAAAUAAUGAGAUGUUGGACAUUCCAAGAGAAAAAAACCGUAAGGAAGAAAAAGAGGAAUUUUAUAAAAAAAGAAAUGUAAUAUUAUCUAUGUAUGAAAAAGUUAUUAUUCAUAUUUUAAAAAGAGUUGAUAACAAAAAUGUGCUUCGAGAAAAUUUAAAAAAUAAAUCUAAUGAUAAUGAAAAUAAACCAAAUAUUAAAAAUAAAAAAAAAAGUGAACAAAAUUUAACUCCAUUACCUUUUUCAUAUGGUCAUAAUAUUCAAAUUAGAGGAUUACAAGCAUUAUGUAUUCUUUCAAAAUAUUUUAAAUAUAUAAAAAAAGGAAGAAGAAUAAAUAUUAUUCUAUAUGUUAAUACACUUUUACAAUAUGAUAAUCUUAGUACAACUCGACAAUAUUUAGAAUUGUUUUGUUCAUCAAUUUGUAAUUCUUCUUUUAUUUUAUUAUAUCCACAUUUAAUUAAAAAUAUAUUACGAAAUAAUGCUGAGAAUGCACAAUUAACUAUUAGCUCUUUAAUUAUAUCUGCCCAUAUCUUUUUAAAAUCAAAAUUUAGUUACUAUUCUUUUGUAAAACUGAAUUAUAAUUCCUUUUCUGCCCUAACAGUUGAUCAGAAAAAAUAUGCCACAAACAUAUUUGUAAAAAAAGAAAAACAAAAAAAUGUUAAGGGAGCUCAAAAAGCAAAAGGAAAAAAAAUUAAAAAUAUUAUUAGACAAAUUUUAGAGAAGAGUAAAGGGGAAACAACAGAAAUUGCCAAAGAUGCGGAUAAGACAAUUGCAAGUAUAGAGAAAAAAAAAAUGCAAUAUGGAAAACAAUGGAAACGAAAUGAAAAAGGGAAUGAUAAGAAAAAAGGGGAAAAAUGGUAUGACAAAAAAAAAGGAAAAAAGGGACACAAUAAAUCACAUGGAUACGACAAUCCCGACAGGUCAAAUCUUCAAAAAAAUAAAAAUGAUAUUUCUAUAAAGGGAAACAAUAUUGAUGAAGAAAAAAAAGAUGGACAUUAUGAAAUGGAAAAUAAUAUAUGGGAUACAGAAAAUAUAGCUAGUAAAGACAAUCCAGAAAAUGGAUAUUUUUAUUCACCAUAUAUUUCUAAAAUAUUAACAAAACUAUUAUUAAAAAUAGUACUUUUAUGUUCUUCUCAUUCAGCUUUAAUUCGAAGUAUUUCACAAUAUAUAUUAUAUAACUUUUUAAAAAAAAGAAAAGAAAUGUUAUUAACCCCAUUUUUAUCAAAAAUAUAUUUAUUUAUUAAAAAUAAUAAAGAUUGUAAAAGAAUAAGAGAAAAAUUAAAAAAAGAAUUUAAAAAUUGGGAUACUUCAAUUAUCGAAAAAAAUAAUAAUAUAUGUAUGUUAUUACCAACUUAUAAUCAUUCAUUUAAUUUUUUUGAUGAAGAUAUAAAUUGUGAAAAUACAAACACAUUUACACACAUUUUAUAUAAUAAUGAAUUGGUGAGUUCCUACACAUUUAUAGAUAGUAUUAAAAAAAUUGUACAACAAGAAAUGACUUCUAUAAUGUAUAAUAUACAAUUGGAAAAAGAAAAAAAAGACGGAAUUUCUAUUUAUAAAUAUAAUAAUGAACAAAAAUUAUUAACACUAAAUCAGUUUUAUCAUGGACAGGAUACAAAUGAAAUACCUUCUACAAUCGACGAUAAGAAAGAUAUAAAAAAUUCAGCUAGCGAAAAUGGACAAGAAAAAAAAAAAAAAACAACUAGCCAAAUAAUUAACGGAGAAACAUGUUUUAAUAAAGAUAGUGAAAAUAUUGAUUAUGAUAAAAACUUUGAAGAUUUUUUAAAACAAACUAAAAAAAAUUACCAAAAAAAGUUUGAUCCAAUCAAUAAUAUAAUAGAAAUUAAUAACGAAUUUAGAAAAAAAUAUCAAUUAAGAAAAAAAAAUAAUUUAAUUGUUAUUGCUUCCUUAAUUGACAAAGUCCCAAAUUUAGCUGGCUUGUGCAGGACAUGUGAAAUUUUUAAUGUUAAAAAAUUAUUGCUUAGCAAUAUAAAUAUUGUUAAAGAUUUUCAAUUUCAAAAAAUUUCUUCCACUGCUAAUAAAUGGAUGAAUAUACAAGAAUUAAAAAAAAAAGAUAUUAUAAAAUAUUUAAUCAAAAAAAAAAAGAAAUAUUCUAUUAUUGGCUUAGAACAAACAAAUGAUAGUAAACGAUUGAACGAUUUUAUUUUCCCAGAAAAUUGUAUAUUAAUAUUAGGAGAUGAAAAAGAGGGACUACCAUCUUCCAUUCUUUUACUUUUACACCAUUGUGUGGAAAUACCUGGACAUGGAAUUAUUAGAUCUUUGAAUGUUCAUGUUUCUGCAGCAAUUACUAUUUAUGAAUAUUUCAAACAACAUCUUUAG